AUGAUUUCUGAUUCGAUCACCAACGCUUCUGCAACUGCAGCCCCAAGCGCCAAGGAUUUCGGGAAAAAGAAAAGGACAAACAGGUCUGCCAAAUUGAAACAGAGCAAGCUAGGUCUCCGCCGUGAGCAAUGGCUUUCUCAAGUUGCAAUGGCGAAUAAAGGGGAUAAGGAGGAAAUAGAUUCGAAUCGGAAACCUAGAAGUGAAAAUCCUGAUCAGAGAGAUCGUCCGGUGGAGAAUUUAGAUGGUCUGAGUAGAGAAGCGGAGGAUAACAGUGGAACACAUCAUCAUGAGAGCUUUAUAGAGUCGCUUUCGAAUAGCCCUAACAGUAUCCUGAGUGGCAUGAAUUCAAUCCCCAAUUUUAGCAGCAGCAGUAGCAGUGGAAGUGGUGGCUCUUGCUCUGGUAAUAUAACAGAGGAAGAAGAUCCUGAUGAUGACGGGUGUUUGGAUGAUUGGGAGGCUAUUGCUGAUGCUUUAGCAGCUGAUGACGACAAGCACGAGAAAGAGAAUCCUCCCGAGUCUUGCGAAGAGCAUGCAAGUAUCAAGCAAUCAGCUUCUCCUAGAGCUUCAGUCAGUGGAUCUAAUGUGGCUAUAAGGGAUGUAAAGCCAGCAAUGUCGAGGAAGCAAAAGAGUAACCAAGCGUGGAGGCCAGACGAUAAGCUUCGCCCUCAGGGUCUUCCGAAUUUGGAGAAGCAGCGUAGUUUCCCGGUCAUGAAUUUGCAUUAUAGUUCUGUGGCAGUGCCAUCUUCAUGCCCCAUUUGCUAUGAAGAUCUGGACUUAACAGAUUCAAAUUUCUUACCAUGUCCUUGUGGAUUUAGGCUUUGCCUUUUCUGCCACAAGACGAUUUGCGAUGGAGAUGGGCGUUGUCCAGGUUGCAGAAAGCCAUAUGAAAGGAACACCAUCAAGGUUGAAGCUAGUGUUCAAGGUUGUGGUCUGACUAUCCGCCUUGCUCGUUCGUCUAGCAUGUUUUGCAGGUCAUGA